AUGAGUAGAGAUCUAGUUAUUUUAGCCUACUCCGGCGGUUUGGACACCAGCUGUAUAUUAAAAUGGUUAAUUCAAAAAAAUUACGAUGUCGUCUGCUACAUGGCCGACAUUGGACAAGACGAAGACUUCGAAAAGGCACGCCAAAAAGCAAAACUGAUAGGAGCAAAGGAUGUCAUAAUUGAAGAUUUGCGCAACGAUUUCGUCUCCAACUAUAUGUUUGCCGCUAUUCAGAUGGGUCUGGUUUAUGAGAGUCGAUACUAUUUAGGGACCUCGGUGGCACGGCCUUGCAUCUCCGUUGGAAUAGUAAAUGCUGCAAAAAAAUUGGGUGCCAAAUAUAUUUCUCAUGGUGCUACUGGCAAGGGUAACGAUCAAGUACGCUUUGAAUUGAGCGUAUAUUCGUUGUGGCCGGAAGGGAAGGUGAUCGCACCUUGGCGUCAACCGGAAUUCUUUAAUCGAUUUCAAGGAAGAAAAGAUCUAAUCGAAUAUGCUAAACAAGAAAACAUACCGGUGUCCGCUACACCGAAGGCCCCAUGGUCAACUGAUGAAAACAUUAUGCAUAUCAGUUAUGAAUCGGGAGUACUAGAAGACCCCGCAGCGGAACCUCCAAGUGGGAUUUACAAAAUGACUCGCGAUCUGAAGCAAGCUGAGGACUAUCCGAGCACCAUGGAUAUAACGUUCGAAAAAGGUUUGCCAGUAUCGGUCAAAAUUCCCAGUGGUCAAGAGAAAGCUCUUAUUAUAAACGAUCCUCUAAAUUUGGUGAGGACGUUAAACAAACUCGGCGGUCAACACGGCGUCGGUCGAAUUGAUAUAGUGGAAAAUCGUUUCCUGGGGUUAAAGUCUCGAGGACUCUAUGAGACCCCGGCGGGAACAAUACUUCACGUUGCACAUCUGGACUUGGAGACUUAUGCUCUUGAUAAGGAAGUUUUAAGGUUAAAAAAAUACCUUCAAGAUAAAAUGUCAGACUUUGUGUAUAAUGGAUUUUGGUUCUCCCCCGAAGCGAGAUAUACGAGGAAGUGUUUAGAAAUGUCACAAGAAUCGGUUUCUGGCACUGUUACAGUCCAAGUCUUCAAAGGGAAUGUUAUUGUGUUGGCAAGAAAAAGUGCGAAAAGUUUGUACAAUCAGGAAUUGGUUUCCAUGGACAUUGCUGGUGGAUUCUCUCCUGAAGACAGCACUGGUUUUAUUAACAUCAAUGCAGUGAGACUGAAGGAAUACGCUCGUUUUGCUAAUAGCCAGGAGUUUUAA